AUAUUGAUCCCCCCCCUUCCCCCCCUUCCACAUAUUCCCUCUUCAGGAACAUGACUGUCUCAAUCACAGCAGCAGUGCAACUCUUUCUCCUCCUCCUCCUCCUCCUCCUCCCAUUGCUAUUCGUACACCACAAGACCAAACCAAAGCCCAAAUGCAGAAGCCCACCCGGCCCGCCGCCGCUCCCCGUCAUCGGAAACCUCCACCAGCUGAGCCUCCUUCUGCACCAAUCCCUCCACAGGCUCUCCAAAAUCCAUGGCCCUAUCUUUAAGCUAAGCCUCGGCCGGGUACCUGUACUUGUGAUCUCUUCCCCUUCCCUAGCUAAGCAAGUCCUCAAAACUCAUGACCUUGCCUUCUGCUCCCGAGCUUCCACCGUCUCCUUUAAGGAGUACACCUACGAUGGCUGUGAUGUUGCUGGUGCCCCCUAUGGUGAUUCCUGGCGAAACCUACGUAAGAUCUUCGUGCUCAAACUAUUGAGCUCGAAGAAGUUAACUUCAUUCAGACUGGUUCAAGAGGAAGAGAUUGAGGGAAUGAUCAGUUCGAUAAGGACUCGCUCCGAUACAAACGCAACGGUUAACAUCACAGAGUUCGUGGUUCGUCUGGCUAACAACAUCACGUUCAGGGUUGCUUUCGGUUAUAGGAGCGAAGGGGAGUAUGGAGAGAAGAGCAGGUUUCAAAGGCUUCUUGAAUCGGGCAACGACACCGUCGCGAGCUUCUAUGUUGGGGACUAUUUUCCGGGACUGGGGUGGCUCGAUAAGAUGACAGGGAAGCUGGGGAAGAUGAAAAGGAAUGCAAGAGAUUUGGAUGAAUUUUACCAAGAGGUGAUUGAUGCGCACAUGAAGGAUGGGAGAAAGGAAGAUGGCAAAGAGGAUAUUGUGGAUGUUUUGUUAAGAUUAUGGGAAGAAGGACAACUUACUAUGGAUCACAUCAAGGGGGCUCUCAUGAAUAUUUUUGUUGGGGGAACAGACACAUCAUCAGCAAGCAUAGCGUGGGCGAUGGCAGAAUUAGCAAGAAAACCAAAUGUGAUGAAGAAGGCACAAGAGGAAGUGAGAAAAGCGGCAAGCAAGAAGGGAAAAGUCGAGGAAAACGAUCUAGCUCAGCUUCAAUACAUCAAAUGUGUAGUGAACGAGACCCUGAGAUUGCACCCUCCGCUUCCUUUGUUGGUGCCAAGAGAAACCAUACAGCACUGCGAGAUCAAUGGCUACGACGUCAGCGCAAAGACUAGAGUGCUCGUGAAUGCCUGGGCGAUAGGAAGAGAUGAAGACGCUUGGGAAAACCCGGAGGAAUUCAAUCCGGACAGGUUCGUUGGGAGCUCAGUCGACUAUAGAGGACAAGAUUUUCAGUUCAUACCUUUUGGCGCGGGUCGAAGGAUCUGUCCUGGGAUACAGUUUGGAGUUGAAACUGUAGAACUAGCAUUGGCAAAUCUGCUCUAUGCUUUUAAUUGGGAACUCCCACCAGGAGUGGAAAGAGAAAACAUUGACAUGCAUGAAGCCCCAGGUCUUGUAACACGUAGAGCAACUGAUUUGCGCCUUGUAGCAACUAACUACAAGGAAGCAAAUUGAUCGAUGAUGCGUAUAUAUGUAGCCUACAGCAGUAACCAUAAUCAAUUGUCCACUAUAAAACCACACACUACUUGUGUAUUGGACAUGACGACUGAUGAGUCUGAAUGUGCGUUAUCUGCCGAUUGUUUACCUUUAACUACUACAUCUGCAUUCCAAAAUUAGAAAUGUAUAUGUAACUAAGCAAGCGCAUGGGCAACCAUGAGCUUUGAGCUAAAAUAUAAACCGUUACCAGAAGAUCCCUCA